AUGUCAUGCUUGCCGGAAACGGCGAGCGAAGAGGACAUCUCGUCAUACCCAUCUGUGCUGAGCCGGGACAAUCGUAAGAGACGUACGCCAGAACCAUCGCCAUCACCUACUACAGCCAACAAACGACCAUGUGACAAUACCCUUGAAGAGAGGGAUGGAGAGGCCUACUACAACCACUAUUAUCACAUAGAAUCAGGCAUCAAGUCAACAUCCCCUAUUGAUAUGACGCCUGGACGCUAUCCCCUGGAUCCGGUAGAGACGAACCCUCGGGUCCUCGUUAUGACCAGAAUCGUAUCGGGCUCAGUAAGUAAUCAUGUUUCAAAGAACGUCCACCAUUUCAACGAGGUAAACGAUGUCAUACUGCGCAAUAUUCGACAAGCAACGGCUGGAUCCCUGCUUGAACGGGUUUGUGACGCGAUUAGCGUUGCUUAUAUCACCGAUGAAAGCCAACCUGCUGCAUUCAACGACAACAAGGCUCGUGCCUGUCAAUCAGCGAUUGAAGCUGUUGAAGUAGCUCUCCGGCAUCCUCGGCAAAGGACACUUGACAGCACACUAGUGGCGGUAUUGAUGAUCGAUGUGUACAAGUUGUUGCUCACGGCACACGUGAAUCCUCCAGAGGCGUCCAAUCAAGGAUGGGGUUGGGAUAGUAAUAUGUUAUGGAUGAUUCGCCUACGAGGACCGGAGCAGUUCACUCGACAAGAUGGCCGGAACCUCAUAUGGGCAAUCAGUUACUGUAUAACCAUUCCAACUUCACAAUCCGCCAUCUCAAAGGAACAGGAAUCUGGCUACACCACUUGUCCGUUUGCUGACUUGCUUGGUACUGCGAAUAAGGAGGGCAGCCUAUCUUAUCCGGAAGCACUUGACUUUGAUAUAUCCUCAUUUUUCAAUGCGCCGAACGAUGGUGUGGUUGUUAACACUGCUGGGCUCAAGCCAAGUCUGGCUGAUCGUAUGUCACAAGACAUGAGCCGGAGUGCAGAACGGCAAGAUAAAUCCAGCGGUCCAUUCCAACAUCGCAAUCGAACAUCCACCCGCGAUGAGAGGAAUGGAUGUGACUGCAUGACGCACCACGCUGCUCUUCUCCUGCAAUUGAGCAAUUUGAAAAACGAUAAAGACUUACUAUCGCUCGACGAUGUCUUGGUGUCGGUACAGCAGGCUCUUACACCUUGGAAUCAUUUGAACGAGUGUGCCGUGUGUGAGAGCGAUGAUGAUCAGGGGGUCCUUAUCUUUUCGGCCAUGACAAUUCGGACAGUUCUUGCACUUCUUCAGCGGUUUUGUGCAGAAUCAAUAUACCUCCAUAAAGUUGACGAGGGCUCUGCCAUUUCUUCGUCCGCGCAGUUACUCGAUGGGAAUCAAAUUACCAUAGGGAAAUAUAAGGCCUCACCAGAAGAACACAGCCUGGUGACGGCUCUGCUCAUUACACGGGCGCUCUCAAAUGUACGCUCUGUGUUGGUAUCACUGAAAGUCAAACUGGACAGAAGCACCAAGCGAAUAAAAGCCGAUUACUUGAAGAAGAAAACUGGGGGCGACAAUCUAGUCAAUGGCAACAAUCAGGAAGAAGUCCCAUCAACGGUAUCGAAUGCUGUCCCCAAAGGCGAAGAAAGUGGUUGCAUACAGAUCCUUUUGCGGAGCUUGGACGCCACUGUCGAAGAAAUAGGAAAAACAGUACCGAAGAUGAGCUUCUCGGCAUUGUCUCAGACGAAUCCUUUUGCAUACUAG